AUGGGUGAACAGCCAAUUUAUAUUGGUACAGAAGAAGUAGAGAAAUUCUUAAAUUACCCCACUCUGAUCCCCCUGCUAGAGAGAGCACUGAUCCAGUUUUCCAGUGGUAGUGAAGGGGGAGUGGUGCAGCCAGUCAGGACCAUUGUACCUGUGGCUAAAUACAGAGGAUUUUUAGGUGUGAUGCCUGCGUACAGUGCAGCGGACGACGCUCUAACUACAAAGCUUGUAACGUUUUAUGAGAACAAGGUCUCUUCUGCGGUUCCAUCACACCAAGCAACUGUACUCUUGUUUGACCCAACUAAUGGAACUCUAAAAGCUGUGAUUGAUGGUAAAGUCAUAACAGACAGAAGGACUUCUGCGGUUUCAGCAAUUGCCACAAGGGUUCUCAGACCCUUGCGUGCUGAAGUGCUGUGCAUUCUGGGCUCUGGUGCACAAGCACAAAGUCAUUAUCAGGUUUUAACACAGCAGUUCCUAUUCAAAACGGUCAAGAUUUGGAGUCGUACAAAGGAAAAUGCUGAAAAGUUUGCUGAAGCAGUUGGAGGAGGAGUGAUCGUGUGCUCAUCAGCACAAGAAGCGGUGACUGAUGCUGAUGUGAUUGUAACUGCUACCAUGGCAACCGAACCUGUUUUAUUUGGAGAAUGGGUCAAGACAGGCGCACAUAUAAACGCAAUUGGAGCUUGCCGACCAGAUUGGAGAGAAUUAGAUGACAGUCUCAUGAAGAAUUGUGUUCUGUAUGUCGACUCCAAGGAGGCAGCUGAAAAGGAGUCAGGAGAUAUUGUUAUUUCCCAGGCAAAUAUCUACGCUGAGAUUGGUGAAGUACUAAAAGGAACUAAAACUGCCCAUCAAGAGAAAACAACUGUUUUUAAGUCAGUGGGUAUGGCAAUUGAAGACACGGUCUCAGCUAAACUUGUGUAUGAUUCCUGGAUGGCAAUUAAUGCAAAUAAAUAAAUCACAGUGUAA